UUACUCAAGUUUAUAGAACUCUUCAUGGAGCUUACACAAAAAUUUUGGAGGUUAUGCACACAAAGAAAAGACUUUUAGGCACUUUCUUCAGAGUUGCCUUUUAUGGCCAAUCUUUUUUUGAAGAAGAGGAUGGAAAGGAGUACAUCUAUAAAGAGCCAAAGCUCACCGGCCUCUCAGAGAUUUCCCUGAGACUUGUUAAACUUUAUGGUGAAAAUUUUGGUACAGAGAAUGUUAAAAUAAUUCAGGAUUCAGACAAGGUAAAUGUCAAAGAGCUUGAUCCCAAGUAUGCUCAUAUCCAAGUCACUUAUGUGAAGCCCUACUUUGAUGAUAAAGAACUCACAGAAAGGAAAACUGAGUUUGAAAGAAACCAUAAUAUCAACAGAUUUGUUUUUGAGGCUCCUUAUACAUUGUCAGGCAAAAAGCAAGGUUGUAUAGAAGAACAGUGCAAACGCUGUACAAUCUUGACUACUUCAAACUCGUUUCCAUAUGUGAAGAAGAGGAUUUCUAUAAACUAUGAACAGCAGAUUCAUUUAAAGCCAACUGAUGUUGCCACGGAUAAAAUAAAACUGCAGAGCUGCAAAAGCUUUGCUCUUCUGCUGAUGUGGACAUGAUUCAGCUCCAACUUAAAUUGCAGGGCUGUGUUUCAGUGCAGGUAAAUGCAGGUCCGUUAGCAUAUGCAAGGGCUUUCUUAAAUGACAGUCAAGCUAGCAAGUAUCCACUCAAAAAAGUAAAUGAGUUGAAAGACAUGUUUAGGAAGUUCAUCCAA